UCGGCGGGAACAGGCGGAUGCAUGAAAGCGAAAGACGUCCGCCGGCGGCGUCGGUGGGAGCGAUGAAAGUUGAUAGUUUUGAACAGUUCAUUUUCGCAGGGGGGAUUAUUGGCUUCAGUAUUUGGCCAUUGUUUAUGAUGCAUGUACAAAAAGUAGAUCAGAGGCUGAAGCUGACGACCCAGCUCUGAGUAUUUCUCUGGUCUGCUGUCGACGUAAAUCUUUAUACAAUCAGGAAGUCCGGGCAUUUUCCUCUUCCCGAGACACAAAAGUUGAAUUACCUGUUGAGACGUCGAUUUUUUAACGUCUGAAAAUGAGGCUUCACGUUCCAUAACGCUUAAAGCUCAUUUGUGUCCGUAGAUAAUUUAACUUUAGCUCGUUUUUACGUGAUUGCAGUCGUUAUUCUUCACCCGGAACACCUGGAUUUUCACUCCGCGGGUGAGAGACAUGGAUGCUCCUCAGCUCACUGAAGAUGAAAUGGCAGAAAUUAAGAAGGACGUGCUGACCAGACUGCGGCACUACCUCUGCGACAAGAUCCGAGCAGACCGCCACCUGGACUACCUGCGUUCUCGUCGCAUCCUGACGCGAGACGACGCCGAGGAGAUCAGCUGCCGGUCCACGCAGACCAAGAGGACGGCCACGCUGCUGGACAUCCUGGCCGAGAACCCGCGCGGCCUGGACGCUUUGAUUGACUCCAUCCGAGAGCUGCGUUCGCAGAACUUCAUCAUCGCCAAGAUCACAGACGAGGUCCAGAAGGCCAAAAAUGAGAAGAUCGAGUCUCUCAAAGCAGCCUCAAGUUUCUCGUCGGACGGCACCUUCAGCCCCCCGGGCACGACCAGCGACCUUUCCUCCACGUUCUCCCACAACUCCACCCUGCUCUUCCAUCCAGACGGAGAGCGUAGCCCCUCCAACUCCGAGGUGGCGGGCUCCCUCAAUCCCCCCUCGUUACAAAAGUGCGGGGACCAGCUCUCCGUGGCGGGGGCCAGCAUCGGCGUGGCCUCCUCCUCCACCGCCUCCUCCAACCUGCCCAAGCCGGGAGACCCGGGGGCCCCCCCCCUGCCGGACGAGGUGACGGUGGAGCCCCCCUCGAACGUAGACGCCGCCACGCCGGGAUGCACCAGCAGCGGCGCGGACCCAAACUUCCAGCCCCUGCGACGGUCCUCGUUCAGCCAUCAGGGAUACACUCACAGGGUCACGCAGAUCAUUCAACACUGUCCCCGUCCUCGUGCCUUUGGUUCCGCAGAGUUAACAGUGAAUGUUGAGCGGCCGACUCUUCGAUCAGACGAGAGGAGGCUGAAUGGUCACGUAAGAUGGAGUACCGGCACGCUGGGGUCAAAGGCCGAGGAGGAUUUCCGACGGAAGCUCAAAUACUUCUUUAUGAAUCCCUGUGAGAAGUACAGAGCCAGGGGUCGGAAACCAUGGAAACUGAUGUUACAAAUCCUAAAAAUUGCAAUCAUCACUGUACAGUUAGUCUCUUUUGGGCUGAGCAACGAAAUGAUGGUCACAUUCAAAAACGACAAUCUGAUGACGUUCAGACAUCUGUUCCUCAAAGGAUACAAGGAUCACCAGCAGGGAAGCUAUGCGCUUUACACUAAAACAGAUGUAUAUGACCACAUUCGCUUCAUUAUUAACAGGUUUACCAAUCUCCAAAACCUGACUAUAGGCAAUCUUGCAUAUGAGAAAAUUGAAGGAAAGUACACACCUUUGUCCAUUUGUCAGAUGUUUUACCGAAACAUCAGCAUUGAUCCUGGGGAUGACACUUUUCAUAUUGAUCCAAAGAUUGAUAAAGACUGUAUUUCAAUUGAUCCUGCACAGUCGCUGCACAACAGAAGUCUGGCAGCAGAAAAAAACCUGUCCUUCGAUUUUAAAAGGCUGUUAUCAGUGAAUGCCUACCUCAUUUUGAAAACCAUCAAUCUGCAGACUGUGCGGCACCACGAGCUUCCAGACUGUUAUGACUUCCAUAUCACGAUCAUCUUUGAUAACCAUGCACACAGCGGGAAGAUAAAUGUUGAUGUCCAUCAUGACGUUAGAAUAUUUGAAUGCAAAGACUGGAGCGUGGAGGGUAAAUCCGGGAAGAUCGACUAUCUCCUCCUGUCCUUUGAUUCUGCUGUCAUCCUGGCAUGCUUGGCCUCACUCAUCCUCUGCACGCGAUCUGUCAUUAAUGGCAUCCAACUCCAGUUUGAAUUCAACAUCUUCUUCCACGUCUACUACAAUAAGAUUGUAAGCUGGUCAGACCGCAUGGAGUUUGUGAACGGCUGGUACAUCCUGAUCAUCAUCAGUGACACGCUGACCAUUGUGGGGUCAGCACUGAAAAUUGGAAUACAAACAAAGUUUUUGACCAACUAUGAUGUGUGUAGCAUCUUGUUGGGAACAGCCACAAUGCUGGUCUGGGUUGGUGUCAUCCGUUACCUUGGUUUCUUUAGAAAAUACAAUAUCUUAAUCUUAACCCUGAGAGCAGCAUUUCCAAAUGUAAUCCGUUUCUGCUGUUGUGCGGCCAUGAUCUACCUCGGGUACUGCUUCUGUGGCUGGAUUGUCCUUGGACCUUAUCAUGACAAGUUUCGCACAUUUGACAAGGUGACCGAGUGCCUCUUCUCCCUCAUCAACGGGGACGAAAUGUACGCCACCUUCCUGAAGAUGAAAGACAAGAGCUAUAUGGUGUGGUUUUUCAGCCGAGUGUAUCUCUACUCCUUCAUCUCCCUUUUCAUCUACAUGGUGCUCAGCCUGUUCAUCGCUCUGAUCACGGACACCUACGAGACCAUCAAACACCACCAGAAAGACAAGGAACCGGUGUCUCAGCUCCAGUCCUUCAUAGCAGAGUGCAGAGACCAGCCAGAGUCUGGGAUGUACCAAACUGAGGAAGAACCUUUGACCUGCCACCCAUCUCUAUGCUGCUGCUUUGGGUGUAAAUGAAAUUCAGAGGUGUCAAGCCAGUGCAAAUCUCAUGGUGAUGCAAAGCAUCCAGCAGAGUGCUAAUUAUUUAAUUGUGUGUGUUAAUAAGGGAUGUGAGUGUUGACAUAUCAAGAAAAUGUACUUCUAUUUUAUUUAUGUUAAAAAAUAUUGCAGUAAAUAAUAUACAAUUGCUUGAAAUACCACAUUAUUAUCAUGCCAACACAGAGGGUAGAUUUUCUUUAAUAGCUAUUGUAAACAAAAAGAAUAAAAUAAAUAUGAAAUAGAUAUUAAAGCAAUGUGCGACCACUUCAGCAGGGUCAAAGGUCAAUUCAUGGCAGUUGCAUCAUUUGGCAACAUUUUUGCACCCAGUGGCUGGUACAUUUUAUAAGCCAUGAUACCUCAGGUUGCUCAUACUAGUUUCCACUGCCAUGAUUUUUUGAGCUCGCUAUCUCUGUUUUUAGGAGCACUUCACUGGAAAUAUCAUUCCAAGAUUUGUCAGUGAAAAUCUAAAUUUACAAUAUCACUCCAAAUGGUAUAAUCUGUCUUCAUUUGCUCGUAUUGUUUGCAAAUUAAUUUGGUAAUAUGUCAGUCAUGAAGAAUAUUUUUCUUAACAACAUUUUUGUCUUUUUAUUCAUGUUGCACUUUUACAUAGGGCGCUAUGUACACUCCUUUCUGUCAAAAGUUUAUGCAAAGUUAUUUUGUAUGUUGUUUUUAAAAAAGUAUUUAGCAUCA